UUUCAUCGGGGGGGAUAUUUGACAGAUCUAGCUGUGAAAUAGGAUAUUAUUUCACAUAAACCCACAGACUCACCUUGUAAUUUUUGCCACAAAGACAGGCUUUCCAAGAGCAGCUUUGCACUGGGUUCUUUUGACAAGGCAAGCGGUUCAUGGAAUAAUUUGCUCCCAAGCGCUAGUCUUUGAGCGAAAAAACUUCAAAUUUUAAAUUACUAUUUUUCAUCGACCGUAGUUUAUUAUUGUAACGCUUGUGUCCUACCAGAAAAGCAUCACUUCGUUGCCGCAACGACGAAUACAAAAUCACAGUUUAUCUCAGACAAAAGUAGCGCGUUCGAAACUUCCAACACACCGUUGGAAUCGCAAAGAGCUGAGGGUAAAGAUUGCCGUGCUCUCAUCAACCAACAGAAAGCCGAUUAGCAACGAUAUGUGGUAAAAGACCAAGAUGAAAGAGAAAGGAAUUUCAAUAACGGGGGUUUUUCCUCGAAUUCUUGCAGCUUUCUGCUUUUUGAGGACGGUCUGUUUUGCUGCCAGUGAUGAGUUUUCAAGAUUCUGUCCGCUGCCAACAUUUACUGGAAAAGGUUAUGUAGCUUUCACUGGGGAAAUAACGAGAUUGUCCCUAGAAAAAAACAAUCACGUCACAGCCCAUGUUCACGUAAGGAAUGUAUAUCGAAGAGAUUCACAACUGAGUAGCGUUACUGUAAUAAACGCCAUUGAAAGAGCUCCGUCUUGUGAUCAUCAACACAAGUUAGAAGACGUGAGGCUCUGGGUUGCAAAACGACAUUCAAGCGGUUUUUUGACCGCAGCUGCUUCCCUGCCCGUUACAAUGCGAAUGGUGGACGAGGUUCUCAAAGCGCUUCCAGACCAUUCUUUUGAAAACGGAGGCAGGAUACUAGCUUUCCAACAAGGAGUUGAGUGCAACGAAAGGAACUGUCAGUAUGGUGGAGAGUGUGGCGCUGAUUCAAGCGGCCGUUUACGCUGUCAGUGUAGAAUAUACUGUACCCGGCAAUACGACCCAGUCUGUGGUACAGAUGGUAGAACCUACAACAAUCCGUGCCUCAUGAGAGCCGCUAGAUGUCAAUUUCAGAGGGAUAUUACACGACUCCACUUCGGGCAGUGCGGUGCCACAAGCUGUUUAGGUUUGAAAAAUGCGGGCGUCGGCUCUACGGACGGCGAGUACGUCAUUUAUGUACGACCAGAGUGUAACACACCAAUGAAGGUCUACUGUCAUGGUAUGAAUACCAGUUCACCUAAAGAAUACGUCACGCUGCCAGCCGGCGUGCAAAACAACUAUGCCUACAUCUACGCCAAACGGCUGCCUCCCAGACCCUACUCGGCCAGGUACAAGUGUGAGGGAAAGCCUGGAGCGAUGAACUAUUCCUCAGCCGGAUUGACGAAGUUCCGAAAAGUUCGUGUGGAUCUCCCGAGGAUGGCCAUCGUUCGAGACGAUUUCACCUUCGCCAAGUCGGAUCCGUUCGGAAGGAGAAUCGCCUAUGGUUCGGCUGGCGACUGCUUUUCGAUGCAUUACGGUGGUGCGUGCAGGAGGGGACAUUUUAAGGUGGACCUGACUCAUACCGGCUUGCACUUGAAGGCGUCCACAGAAUGGCAAGCGAUAGGUUUCCCUCCUGGAAUUGAAAUGCACGAGUACAAAAAAUCCAAGGACGGCACCUUGGUGUCUGCUAAGUGCGGUGGCUGGUGUGGCAAGUGUAGACCUGUCGGGGAGAUGCUGCUGGAACAGACUGUUUGUACUCAAGACGAAGAUCCCUGCCAGUCUAUCGUUUGUGAAUUCUACUCCAUCUGCCGCCGGUCCAGUGAUGGCCUCAGUCACAUGUGUCAGUGUCCUUCAAACUGCUCCAAGGCUAACAUGCCAGUCUGUGGAAGCGAUGAUAUGACUUAUGAGAAUGAAUGCGAGCUUCAAAGGCACUCUUGCUCCAAAAGGAAGACAAUCACAGUCAAGAGCAUGACAGCUUGCGAUGUAAAACAGCCUGUCCACCUAAUGUUUGCGAUUGACACCACCAGUAUGAAUGAGCCAAAAGUUGUGCAAAAAUCUAAAGGUUUCUUCAAAGAUCUGGGCAACAGAUUCCGGAUUCCUGAGCAAGGAAUAACACAUGGUUUUUUGAAGUUUGACCUUAGUGGCACAGCUAAGAUGGAUCUUGUAACAUUUUACAACUAUAUUACAUUGCCUGCAUAUAUCAACACUUUGCAAAGUACCAAAGACAAAACAACACUUGAGCAAGCACUGGCAGAUUCUGUACCUGGUCUGUUAUAUAGUCUGGAGUAUGACAGCAGGCUAAGAGACAGUCAGUACCCUAAGGCAAUUGUACUUAUCACAGAUGGAAGUAGUGUGUCCUACCCCCAAGGCCUUGCAGUCAUUGCUAAAUCAUUGAGGGAGGCAGGGGUUAAAGUUGUAGUUGUUCUUGUUGGUGAUGCUGACAAAGGCUUAGAGAAUGUGAAACCACUAGCCUCACAAAUGGACUUCAUUUUGGCUGUAGGGUCACCUGAUCGGCUAAAGGGGAUGGUGCAACCAACAGUCAACAAAAUCCUGCAAGAUUUGAACACUUGUGGAUGGAAACGCUGUCAUUUCUACUCAAAAUGUGUCAAAAGUGACGUCCCAAAGUGCGAGUGUAGCCCAGUGACCAGUGAUGUUAUCAGCCCAGUUUGUGGGUCAGAUGGCAAGUCUUAUAAUAACUUAGCUGCCCUGGAGUUAGCAGCCUGUCAGGAACAGAAGUGGAUUGUACCUCGACACAGAGGAAGAUGCAUCACUGAUCCUAGCUGUAAGAGUCUUGAGUGCAAAUUCUACUCUUAUUGCACGGUACCACCCUCUGGAAUUGCCACAUGCAAGUGUCCCGACCCGGCUGCUUGUGGUAACUCGAGGAAUCGUGUGUGCGGCACUGAUGGCUUGUCAUAUGACAACAUUUGCCAGCUGACAGCAGCUGCCUGUAAGAGAUACCAUGAAGUCAGGGUGCUCCAUGCUGGACUAUGCAUACAAAAACAAGUCGACCUCGUGUUUGCCUUGGGCGGAGCAGGCCAGAUCACCUCGGGCACUUUUCAGAAACAAAAAGACUUCAUCAAGCAGUUCCUGGACACGUAUGGCACUUCAACUCGUGGAAUUCACGUGGGCAUCAUUGACUAUGGCUCGGGUACAGUUAUAGCCAAGUUUGAAAACUUUGACACAGACAAUCUCAAGGACAAGGUAGAUAAGCUGCGUUUAACACGAGGCGGCACGGUGGUUGUUGCUUUACGCAGUUCUCAGACCCAGCUGUUUGGCGAUCCUAAACUGCUGAGACCUCAGGCAAUAAAAGGAUUGAUAGUUCUGACAGGGGAGAGAGUUAAUGGAGGGGAUACAGCACUGCGCGAUGCAGCAUCACCUUUGAUACGCAAGGGAAUCAAGAUCGUGGCGGUGGCUGUGGGCGACAUUCCAGACAAACCGAAACUGUUGACGUUCACCUCAGGCGAUGAAUAUGUGUUUGAUUUUAACAGCGUCAGAGAUCUGCCGUCGCUAGUGCCAAAAGUUUACGAAGUGAUAGUAAAAGAUCCCUGCGAGAAGAAGCAGAAAUUAUGUGAGCACUAUUCCCAGUGUGUUUCGUACAACGAUGGAAGGACAGAGUGUGUGUGCGAUAAUCAGUGCCCAAAGGUUGAAGAACCCGUAUGUGGAACAGACGGUCGGGAUUACACUAAUGAGUGUGUCUUGAAGGCGACAGCUUGCCGUGAGAGCAGAGAAGUGGCAGUGUCGGACACGGGGCUUUGCGGAGCCUGCGUUCACUCCAUGGACAUUGGUGUAAUUGUGGAUUCAUCUCGGAGUGUUGGGUGGAAGAACUACGAGACUGUCAAACGCUCGCUCGCCAAGCUCACAGAGUACUUUGAUGUGUCUAAAGACGGAACUCACUUUGGCUUCGUUCACUACAAUGAAGACGCCAUCCUGGACUUCGACUUCUCUGAUACCUCUUUGCACAACCCUGAGGUUCUGAGAGAAAAGAUUAUGGACAUGAAAUACGACCCAGGCCGUACGCGGACAGACAAAGCUAUUAAAAUGGCGAACGAGAGACUGUUUACUGAGAGGGGUGGGGCAAGGAAGGGUGUGCCAAAGUUUUUGAUUGUCCUCACUGAUGGAAGUACUAGUGAAGGUUCUAUGCCUUAUGCAACAGUUUUAGCGCCUCUGAAGACUAAAGGAGUGCAAGUGUUGGCUGUUGGUCUCGGACCAGGAGCUCCUGAUAAUGAGCUGAAAAGUAUUGCCAUGGAAAACUCUGACAAUGUGAUGAAGAUAGGUUCAUUUGAUCAGCUGGCAGGCAAUUUACAAAAAAUUACCAAGGACUUAUGUCAAGGAAUAGAACCACUCAAUCUUGUGUUUGCGAUCAACGCAAAUGGGCAAGAUGCGAAAGAUAACUUUGACCGCAUGACCAACACCAUCACUUCAAUCAUUGAUUCUUACGGGCAGAGGAAUAUAAAGUACGGACUGACUGUGUACGGAAGCACGGCCGUGUCGCGAAUCCAGUUGACCGAGAGUUUUAGCAACGAUGAACAACUCAAGAAUCUCGUGAAAAUGGUUCAACGAGUACGCGGUGGAGCGGAUUUACCAGCUGCUCUUGAGAAUGCAAAAGAGGUGUUUAGUGGAGACAUUCCUAAACGCCGUAACGUAUUGGUGAUAAUGACUGACAGCAAAGCGACUGGCGACAAAGCUAAGAUGCAACCCACAGCGGACGAGCUACACGACAUGGGUGUCAAGGUCAUCACGGUUGCCAUGGGAACUGAGUCGGAUCAGAGUGAAUUGCGUCCACUAUCACCCAUGAAAGAUAACAGUCUUGAAGAAGAUCCCGAAGAGAGCCCUAAGCAGCUUGGUGAUAGAAUCAUGAAAGAGGCCGUUAAACCUAUGGAGUUUGUCCCUAUGGUGGAUCUUGGUUUCGCUCUGAGUGCCUCGGCAUCUGACGCUAGCAAGAAUUUUGCCAAAAUGAAAUCUGUCAUCAAUUCCAUCAUUGACCAGUACAGCAUUAGCCGCAUUAAGUAUGGUGUUGUGGUGUAUGGAAACGACGCCAAGACAGUCUUUGAUUUCCAGCGAGUUUUUGCCAAGGAAGACGACUUGAAGCAAUAUCUUUCAUCAGUGACACCUGCGGCUGGUGGAUCAAGUCUAGAGAAGGGGCUCGCACAGGGAGAACAGCUUUUUGCUUCCGGAGGAGCUCGUCCAAAUGCGCGCAAAGUUCUCGUCGUGUUUACAGACAAGAAAUCAACCGGGAAUGAGCAGAUGGCACAGGCUGAAGCAAAAGAACUUAGAGACCAGGGUAUUAAAGUUAUUGCCAUCGCACUGGGAAGUGAGAGUGACGUGACUGAGCUCAAGGAUGUAGCAACAGAUGGCCGUCAUGUCAUUCGUGCCAAGAAGACUGAGGACUCUGAUAACUUAGCUGUCGAGGUUAUGGAACUUGCUUUUAAAGAAAUCCCAGACGUGCCUAUGGUGGAUCUGGCCUUCGCUUUAAGUGCUACAGCCACAGAUGCCAGUACAAACUUUAAACUGAUGAAAGACACCAUCACAGCCUUUGCUGAUAUGUACGGCGUGUCAAAAAUCAACUACGCUAUCAUAACGUAUGGCCAGAGUCAAAGAAAGUGGGUUGAUUUCCAAAACCAGCCGUCUGAUUUUGAAGACAUGAAAAAGACUGUGGAUGACAUCGCCAGGGAAAAAGGGGUGGUAGCGCUGGAUAAAGGCCUUGAGGAAGCCAGGAAACUCUUUGAAGGAGCUAGGCCACAAGCUCGUAAGGUCCUGGUUAUAAUCACUGACAAAAAAUCUGGUUCAAAUGCAUCUGAUGUAAAAACAGCUGCCAAGCUCCUGGAGAAAGCUGGGAUAGCAGUGAUUCCAGUAGCAAUAGGUGUCGAGGCGGAUGUGAAAGAACUGGAAAAUCUCACUCCAGACAAGACGAACAUCAUAGAACCGUCUGCUGGCACCUCGGCUAACGAGCUAGCUAAGAUGAUCAUGGAGAAAAUAAAUACAGUUAUUUCCUGUCUAGUUCUACCGCCCAUCUCCGAGGUGGAUCUUGGAUUUGCGUUAAGUGCAUCGAGCGUACUCCACAACGAAACCUUCAAGUUAAUGAAAGACAUCAUCACCUACAUCAUCGACGCGUAUGGCACACAGAAGAUACACUACAGUGUCCUGGUGUAUGGGGACACUGCCACAAUAGAAAUCAACUUUGGGCAAACUCCACCGUCGCCACAGCAGCUCAAGACAGCGGUAGAAAAGCUCCGCGUUGGAACAGGAACACCAAACUUAGCUGGCGCACUGGAGAAGGCACUCAAAAUGUUUGAAGAUGACGACAGAAGACCCUUGACUCACAAAGUUCUCGUGAUAAUGGCGGAUAGUAGAUCAGGGUCUACCGAAGAUGAAAUCAAGAAGGCUGUCCGAACUCUUGAGGAGAGGGAUAUUGAAGUCAUUGCUGUGGCCGUUGGAGAGGAAGCUGACCCUGUUGAACUUGAAAAUACGACGCCUGACAAGACAAAUGUUAUCGAGACUGACAAAGACGAAGAUCCAAAGAUGGUUGGUGAGAAGAUCAUGGACAAGAUUCGAGGUGAACCUCCAGUACCAGAGAUUGAUCUUGCCUUUGCCCUCAGCGCCACUGGACUUGAUGCAGACAAGACUUUCAGUCUCAUCAAAGAUACAAUUAAGUACAUUGUGAACAAGUAUGGAACGGACAAGAUUCAUGUCCUGGUUAUAAUCACUGACAAAAAAUCUGGUUCAAAUGCAUCUGAUGUAAAAACAGCUGCCAAGCCCCUGGAGAAAGCUGGGAUAGCAGUGAUUCCAGUAGCGAUAGGUGUCGAGGCGUAUGUGAAAGAACUGGAAAAUCUCACUCCAGACAAGACGAACAUCAUAGAACCGUCUGCUGGCACCUCGGCUAACGAGCUAGCUAAGAUGAUCAUGGAGAAAAUAAAUACAGUUAUUUCCUGUCUAGUUCUACCGCCCAUCUCCGAGGUGGAUCUUGGAUUUGCGUUAAGUGCAUCGAGCGUACUCCACAACGAAACCUUCAAGUUAAUGAAAGACAUCAUCACCUACAUCAUCGACGCGUAUGGCACACAGAAGAUACACUACAGUGUCCUGGUGUAUGGGGACACUGCCACAAUAGAAAUCAACUUUGGGCAAACUCCACCGUCGCCACAGCAGCUCAAGACAGCGGUAGAAAAGCUCCGCGUUGGAACAGGAACACCAAACUUAGCUGGCGCACUGGAGAAGGCACUCAAAAUGUUUGAAGAUGACGACAGAAGACCCUUGACUCACAAAGUUCUCGUGAUAAUGGCGGAUAGUAGAUCAGGGUCUACCGAAGAUGAAAUCAAGAAGGCUGUCCGAACUCUUGAGGAGAGGGAUAUUGAAGUCAUUGCUGUGGCCGUUGGAGAGGAAGCUGACCCUGUUGAACUUGAAAAUACGACGCCUGACAAGACAAAUGUUAUCGAGACUGACAAAGACGAAGAUCCAAAGAUGGUUGGUGAGAAGAUCAUGGACAAGAUUCGAGGUGAGCCUCCAGUACCAGAGAUUGAUCUUGCCUUUGCCCUCAGCGCCACUGGACUUGAUGCAGACAAGACUUUCAGUCUCAUCAAAGAUACAAUUAAGUACAUUGUGAACAAGUAUGGAACGGACAAGAUUCAUUAUGGCUUGCUGGCGUUUGGCAAUGUGCCUAGUCGUUUCAGGGACUUCCGCCGUGAGGCGUUCUCCAAAGAUGACUUGAUCAAACUUCUGGAAAUGAUGCCUAGAAGUUCCACAGGGCCUGACCUUGAGAAAGCUCUCGAUGAAUCAGACAAGUUAUUUCAAGAAGCAGGAGCUCGACCGACUGCGAGGAAGGUUCUGGUUGUGAUUAUGGACAAGAAGUCUGGUGUUGCAGAAUCACGUGUCAAUAGCACAGCCAAUAGGUUGUAUGCACACUACAUUGACGUCAUACCAGUGGCUAUUGGAGAGGAAGCCGACUUGAAACAGUUGAUUUUGACCACAAAAGACCAAAGUAACCUGAUUGAAGCACCAAAAGUUUUCGUACCAGACAAACUCGGAGAAGCAAUAAUGCGAAAGGUUUUGAAAGGGCCUGUUGUACCGGAAGUGGAUGUGAUCUUCGCUGUGGGUGCCACCUCAAGAAACGCAAUAGAAACUCUCCGCACAAUGAAAGAUACUCUGGCGUAUGUGAUCAACACUUACGGUGUAGGCAGUAUUAGAUAUGGAGUGAUCUCAUUUGGUACGGAUGCCAUCAUUGAACAAAGAUUUGGUCCGGAGGACCCAUCCCCUGAGGACCUUAAACAGCUAGUGCUGGGCUUGCCUGCUAGCAGAGGACCACCUGUUUUGGAUCGUGUACUGAAUGCAGCCAAGGGUGUCUUUGAAGGCUCAGGUCUUCGACCAAACGCUAUGAAGGUUUUAGUGGUAAUAACAGACGAUCGCUCCAGCUCUACAGAUGAAGAAAUCAGAGCCGCGGCGAAGCCCUUAGAAAAUAAAGGAAUUCACGUUAUUGCUGUUGGCAUUGGAAUCGUAUCGGACUCCGGACAGUUAGGGCAGGCCACACAGAACGAAGAAGAUGUCAUCUCAGCGCCUAGAGAUGUCGACCCUUCCACCUUGGGAAAUAGGAUUAUGGAGAGAGCUUUUCAACCUGUGUUGCUGCCAAUAGAAGAUGUGGACCUAGUGGUUGCUAUGUGUGCAGUGUCUGCAGCGUCAGAUCAGUCCUUUAAGCUGAUGAAGGACACUGUGAAGUCCAUUGUUGAUAAAUAUGGGACUUCCAAAAUUCAUUACAGUGUGGUGCUCUAUGGAACGCGGGCUGUGCCAAUGCUGAAAUUUUCAGAUAAGGCACUGACCAUCCAGGAAUUUAAAGGACAAAUCAGCAUUCUUCCGAAGCCUAAAGGUAGUCCUACUUCACCUGUACUCGACCAGGCUCUAAAGGCCACCAGUGUAUUAUUUGAAGGAGAUGGCGUGCGAGUAAAUGCGAAGAAAGUUCUUCUCGUGUUCACAGACAAGAGCUCGGGUUUAGAUGAAAAGACACUUAGAUCAGCAGCCGCUGAGCUGGAGAACGAAGAAGUGGAAAUCAUCGCGGUAUCCAUAGGAGAUGAGUCUAGUUCAAGAGAGUUAGCGUUUGUAACGCCACACACAGGCAAUAUUAUUGAUGCGCCUACAGACGAAAAUCCUGACAAGCUCUCUUCGGAGAUUUUGAACUUAAUAAUUACAGAUCCCCCUCCCGUCUCGACAGAAGUGGACGUUGCUUUCGCAAUAAGUGCGAAUUCCGUGAACUACAGGCAGACAUUCAGACUAAUGAAAGAUACUAUAGCCUGGAUAAUCAGCAACUAUGGGACAGAAAAGCUGCGUUAUUCUGUAAUCCUGUUUGGUAACGAUGCCAAGAUAGAACUGGACUUCGAUGGCGACAUUUCCACCCCAAAUAAACUGAUACAGUUUGUCCAGGAACUUCCAAGAAGACGCGGCGGCCCUGAUGUCAUCUCAGCUCUGGAAGAGGCUAAAAGAGUGUUUGAAUCUGCUUCUGCAAGACCCAACGCGUGGAAGGUUCUAGUGGUCAUCACUGAUAAAAGAUCUGGCUCAAGUUUAACAGAUAUUGAAAAAGCUGCCGAGCCCCUGGACGAGGAUGGUAUUAAGGUAGUACCAGUGGCAGUAGGCGGUGAAGCUGACCCGUCUGAACUGGAGGCUACCAAUCCAGAGAGAUUUGUUAUUACGGUACCAAGGACUGAAGAGCCCAAGACUUUAGGGAAGCAAAUCAUGGAACAUGUUAUUAGACCCAAGUUCCUACCCAUUGAUAUCGCCUUUGCUCUGAGUGCGUCUGGGAUAUCUGCUAAUAAAACAUUCAGCUUAAUGAAGGAUACAGUUCAGCGUAUUGUGGACAAGCAUGGAACGGGAAGCUUGCGAUAUAGCAUCAUUUUGUUCUCGGAUUCCGCCAAUAUCAUCAUACGAUUCAGUGAGAAAUAUUCCAGUCUUGAUCAGUUGAAGACAUCCAUCGGAGCUCUGCCUCUUCGCACCGGAGGCUCCUCCCUUACUGAAGCCCUUAAAGCUGCUAAGAACGCAUUCCAAGACAGCGGGGUCCGUAAGGACGCUACCCACGUGCUUGUUGUCAUCACGGAUAAGAGGUCUGGGGAGAGAGAAGACGAUGUUGAAAAAGCUGCCAAGCCUCUAGAGGAGUCUGGGAUCGUGGUCAUUCCUGUUGGUGUUGGAGAUCAAGUUAAUGAUAAAGAGCUUAACAUAAUAACAAUUAACAAGGACAAUGUGAUUCUUGUUGAUGAGGAAGAAGACCCUGAUAAUUUGAUGGUGUUGAUUAUGGCGAAAAUUAAUGAAACACGAAGACCACCACCAGUUGACCUUGCAUUUGCUCUCAGUGCUUCCUCGUUACAGUCUCGGAGCUCCAUCAAAUUGAUGAGGGAUGUGAUAAAAGAGAUUAUUGAAGACUAUGGCACUAGAGACAUACACUACAGUUUUAUUAUCUAUGGCUCUGAAGCCUCCACAAAAUACAGCUUCACAACUGACCCAGUGGAUCAAGACUACCUGCAAAACUUCGUGGAAUUCAUGCCCGUUAUCAAUCCACCGACAUCACCUCACGUCGCUCUGGAGGAGGCCACCAAAGCGUUCAAAGGUGCAGGAGUGCGCGCAAACGCUACCAAGGUACUUGUGGUGAUGACAGACAUGAAGGGAGAUUCUACUAAAGAGGAGAUUGACGCGGCCGCUGACCCGCUGAAGCAGAUGAAGGUCAAGGUGAUAGUCGUGGGAAUUGGUGCAAAUGUCGACAACAAUGAGCUUGCUAAUGUCACGGGUGAUAAUAACAAUGUAAUCACAGUACCGGUGGAUGCAGACAAGGAUUCAUUGACCAAAAAAUUGAUGAAGAAAGUUUUCCAGCCAGUUCCGCCUGUGGUUCCAAAGAUUGAUCUUGUGAUCGCCAUAAGUUCAGUGUCUUCUAGUGCUGAUGAAGUGUUCCAGAAGACACAAGACGCAGUCGCUUCUAUCACUGACAAAUAUGGUACAAACGACAUACAUUAUGCUGUCAUCCUCUUUGGAAGCGAUGCCCAGGUCGUCAUCGACUUCGAUUCUUACGCUACAAGUGAACAGCUGAACGAAAUGUUCUCAAACCUACGUCGCUUAAAGGGAGGCCCUGUGUUAGAUGAAGCCCUGAAGCUUGCAGGACAAGUGUUUACAUCACCAGGAGCGCGAAGCGACGCACACAAAGUCCUGGUUGUGAUCACAGACAAGAAGACGUCUUCCAAGCUUGAUGAUGUCAUACUUGAAGCGAAUAAGCUUGAGGAUAUGGGAGUGACCGUGAUUCCCUUGGGGAUUGGUGCUGAGACUGACAGAAAUGAACUAGAAGAGCUUACGCCUGAUGUGACGGACGUCAUCACAAUUUCCAAAGUACUUGAUGCUGACGAUCUUGGAAGGAAGAUCAUGGAGAAGGUUUUGAAAGAACGCCCGAAAGUACCAGAGAUCGAUGUGGUAUUCGCUCUAACAGCUACAACAGGAAAUGCAGAAGACACCUUUCAGCGCAUGAAAGAUGCUGUGGAGAUUAUAACAGACACGUACGGAAUAUACACGGUGCGUUACAGCUUCAUCGUGUAUGGUGCCAUUCCUAACAUCGUUUUUGACUUCAAAACAAACUUUCCCAGCCGUGAAAGCUUGAAAUAUUUCAUUGAGCAAUCGCGGAGAGCCACGGGGCGUCCUGACACCAAGCGAACCUUGGAAGAGGCCACGCAGGUUAUUAGAGGUUCAAGUGUUCGUCCGUCGGCGAAAAAGAUUCUUGUCCUCCUGACCGAUGAUGCCUCAUACGAUAAUCCUGAAGAUGUAGAUAAAGCCAUUGAGGACUUAAACAAGAAAGGCAUUCCUGUUCUAACCUUUGCGCUUGUUAACAAUCCCAAAACUGACUUUGAAGUUCCAAAAACCGUAGAACCAGGAGAACUGGCUGAAAAAGUCAUGGAGAAGGUUUUAGCUGCUGUGUUGGAACCACCAGAGAUAGAUCUUUGUUUCGCUAUCAGCGCCACUGCUGCUAAUGCUGACAGCACGUUCACCUUGAUGAAAGAAACCAUAAAUGAUGUCAUAGACAACUAUGGUAUCAGCAAAAUCCGCUACAGUGUCAUUCUGUUUGGAUCUCAAGCCAGGCAGGUCGUAGGUUUCGAUUCUAGCAUUACGAAACCUGCUCAACUGGAAGCGUACAUCCGUUCACUCGAUCGACUCAGCGGUGGUUCAGCAAUAGACAAAGCGCUGGAGAAAGCGCUGGAAUCAUUCAAGGCGGGCAUCACUCGUCCUAAUGCCAGAAAAGUCCUUGUUGUGAUCACAGACAACGAGUCAGGGCUCGAAUCUGGUGACAUUGUGGCAAAGGCCAAGCUCUUGGAGAACAGGAAUGUUCGUUUAAUCACUGUGGCAGUUGGGGAUUCAGCAAGCCAACAAGAGUUGGAAUCUAUUGCCUCGGAUAAAAGAGAUGUUUUGACUGUUCCGACAUCUGCACAACCCAACGCACUUUCCAAAGAUAUUAUAGUAUUGGUUCUAACAGAUCGCCCAUUGAAUGUGCCGAAGCUAGACCUGGUGUUUGCCAUCUCAGCCACAAGCAAGGAUACAGAUGAAACGUUCCAGCUAAUGUCAAGCGCCAUAGACUCACUUCUCCAGAAAUACGACUCAAGUAACAUUCGAUACGGUGUUCUUGUGUACGGUAAUGAUGCCACUGUAGUGGUUCACCUUAAAAACCACACGGAUGCAGCCCAAAUCCAGGAACAGUUGACGACGAUGCUGCCAUCUGUAGGUGGAACAGCCUUAGAUAAGGCUCUGGAAGCAGCUGCUGCUAUGUUCGCCCAGGCUGGUGACCGCGAGGAUGCGGACAGAGCUUUGGUCAUCAUGACUGAUGAGAGUUCCGGUCUCGAUGAAGACGUCGUUGUUGGCGCAACCAAACCUCUUGAACAGAUGGCAGUGAAAAUUAUUCCUGUAGUAGUUGGUGACGAUGUAAAACCGAAGGAAUUCGACGAAGUCACUUCUAAAGAUAACAUCAUUACGACCAAGAAGGAUGAAGAUCCGGAACAACUGAGCGUGGAAAUCAUGGAGAGAGUAAUUAAUGGAACCCUUCAGCUGCCAGAGACCAACCUGUUAUUUGCCAUCUCCGCCACAGGGCUUCAAGCUGAAGAAACACAUGCAUUCAUGAAGGACAUCAUCAAGUGGAUCAUGGACAAGUACGGAACAGAAAGACUGGAGUACAGCGUCAUUGUCUAUGGCGGCUCGGCCUCAACACAAGUCACCUUUGGUGAAAUUUUCGAUUCAGAUGCUGAGUUGAUAAAGGCAGUCGGCAGCGUGCCUCGAGUAUCAGGGGGCCCCUCUCUGGACGAGGCGUUGGAAGCUGCAAAAGAUCAGUUUGAAAGUCCACUUAUCAGACCAAACGCGGCUAAGGUUCUAGUAAUCAUCACAGACAAAUCAUCUGGCAAAAGCCCGCAGGACAUCAGAACAGCGGUUAAAUCCCUAGAAACAAAUGGAAUUCGUGUGAUCGCGGUGGCUGUUGGGAAGGAAGUGGACUCCAAUAAAGAAAAGGAAAUACCAACAGACGGAGACGUCAUCGAGACUGAUAACAAAAAAGAUCCCGGAUCAGUAGGACAGAAGAUAGUAGACAAAAUUGCAAAGGGUGAGGCUCCCAUACCAGAACUGGACCUAGGAUUUGCCAUUGCGGCAGGUUCACUGGAUGCUACAGAAACAUUCAAACUCAUGAAGGAUACCAUUGCAGCGAUCAUCAGUGAAUACCGAUUGGACAAAAUCAACUAUGGGCUUAUUGUGUUUGGGGACGCUGCAACCAUCCAGAUCCAAUUUGGUGAAUACUCUAACGUCAAUAAUCUGCUGCGGGACUUGCGUUUUAUUCCAAAGAAGAGACGCGGGGCUUCUUUAGUUGAUGCCCUGAGAGAAGCAAACAGCUUGUUCUCGUCAUCUGAUGUCCGUCCUCAUGCUAAGAAGGUACUGGUGGUGAUCACAGAUUUAGCAUCAGGAGAAUCGUCAUCUCAAGUAGGCGAGGCAGCAAGGCCAUUACAGGACAAAGGUUUCAAGAUUGUUGCUGUGGCUAUUGGCAAAGAAGCUGAUCCAAAGGAGUUGGAAACAUUCACUCUAGUGGAUAAAAUAAUUGAAGAAGAAACGAAUGUGCAGCCCACUGAUCUUAAGAAGAAAAUUAUGGAUAAGGUUUUCACAGAAACUCCAACAUAUCCCGAAAUGGACAUUGUGUUUGCCAUGAAUGCGAACUCUGGAGACGCGGAUGUUAUUUUCGCUCUCAUUACCGACACUGUCCGGAAGAUCAUGAACGACUUUGGAUUUGGAAAUGGUAAUAUUCAGUAUGGUGCCAUGGUGUAUGGAGCCACAAUAGGAACUAAGCUCCAACUGGGAGAUCCUUCUUUCAAGAGAAUUAAAGACCUCAGGGAUUACAUUCAAAAACUAUCCAAACAAACCAGUGACCCACAGAUCGAUAAAGCACUCCAAGAGGCUUCAAAGAUUUUCCAGGGACCUAACGCUCGCCCGGGCGCUAAACAAGUUCUCAUUGUUUUGACUGAUAAGAAGUCGACAUCCAGUGAGGAGGUCAUCAAAACUAGUGCCAGACUGCUAGAAGACAAGAACGUCCGGGUGAUUCCAGUGGCUGUUGGUGGUGAAGCGGAUCCGGACGAGCUAAGAAUUAUCACUCCUUAUAAGGGGGAUGUUAUAAAGACAAAGAAAGACCGGGAGCCUUGGAGAUUGGCGCGUGAAAUAAUCAUCAAGAUUUUAACAGAACCAACAGAGAUCUCUAAAAUUGACCUUGCUUUCGCCAUUGGGGCUGCAUCACGUGAUGCAUCGAAUACCUUUCAGCACAUGACAGACAUCAUCAAAAGUAUCGCUCAUGAAUAUGGCACUGACAAGAUUCAUUAUGGACUUAUUACGUUUGAUACUGAGGCCAGCAUCGAGAUACCGUUCAGUAGCAAUAUCGACUCCACUGAGGCUCUGAAAUCCCUUAUCGAUGUCAUACCAAUGGACACGGGUGGCCCUGCUAUAGAUAAAGCUCUAGAAGCAGCGAAAACGCUCUUUGGAGGCGACGGAGUUCGUUAUGAUGCUCAGAAAGUUCUCGUGUUGAUGGUUGACAAGAAAUCGAGUGGAGUUGAGGAAGCUGCGAUGAAGACAGCGAUGGAGUUAACGGAGAGUAGAGUUAUCAUCAUCGCAGUGGCAGUUGGCGUCGAGACUGAUCAAAAUGAUUUGAAGAACAUCUCGUCAACCCCUGGCAAUGUAGUAAACACAAAUACUACUGAAAAACCAGAUGAAGUUGGAAAAGAAAUCAUCGAUAAAACAGAUCCACUGAAGGGAAUAAACAUCGAUGUAGGCCUGGCCAUAAGUAUGACAUCCCAAGACGCUUCAAAAACAAUCCAGCUCAUGCAAGAUUCCAUCAAGUCAAUCAUUGACACCUAUGGAACAACCAACCUUCGCUACAGUGUAAUGACUUUUGGUGACGGUCCAAAGGUCUUAGUCCCAUUUGCGGAACGGUCACCUGACGAUUUAAAGACGAUAGUAGAGUCUGUGAUGCCUAGUUCCGGUACACCAGAUUUAGCAAACGCGUUAUUAGAGGCGAAGAAACUGUUCGAUGGAGCGGGUGCUCGGCCAGAUGCCAAGAAAAUCCUCGUAGUCAUCAUAGACAGCAAGUCAGGAAAUGAAAAAGUCGACAUCAUUGAGGCUGCCAGACCGCUGAUUACUUCAGGAUGUUGGAUAGUUCCUGUCGCUGUUGCUGUGGAGGACAAAGGGACUAUUGAAGAGUGUGGGUUCCUUACUCCUCUGAAGAAUACAACUGUGGAGGUGCCGAAAACAGGGAAUCCCGAUGGAAUAGCUAAGGAGAUUACAGAUAAAAUGAAGGAAGUUAUCGUAGAACCAAUACCGCCUGAAGUAGAUCUGGGAUUCAUCAUAUCUGCUGGUUCGACUGAUGCUUCAGCAACCUUGCAACAGAUAAAGGACGUUAUAAAAUCAUUCAUUUACAAAUAUUCCUCGGACAGACUUCGGUAUGGCAUCAUCUCGUAUGGAAGUACACCACGCAUAGAACUCACCUUGCGUGACAGCGUAAACCCGGAUGUAACACAACAAGUAGAUGCAAUCCUCAGACCUGGUGGCACUCCAGACUUAGCCAGAGCACUGCAGCUUGGUGAGAAGCUGCUCUCGUCCGCUCGACCGAAUGUUCAGAAAGUACUGGUUAUCAUCACGGACGUCAAGUCAGGCAGCUCUCUGAGCCAAAUCAGGCUUGCAGUCAAGUCCCUCGAUAACAAAGACAUUCGCGUCUUUGCCGUGGCGGUUGGAAGUGAACUGGAUUCUACCGGGCUUUCUACUGCCACUGGAUCUAGUAAAAACAUCAUAAACAGUUCAAAUACUGAUGAACCAGGAAAAGUCAGAGAGGAAAUAAUGACGAAAAUCAGACAAGCAAAACCAGUACAAGAUGUCGACGUUGUUUUUGCCAUCAGCGCCACGGCAAGUGACGCACAGCAGACCUUCAGUGUCAUGAAAAAAGUCAUCAAGACCAUCUUUGAAAAGCAUGGCGUUGACAGCAUGCGACCUGCGAUAAUUGUGUUUGGAGAUGCGGUGUCUGUGAGGCUAAGCUUUGACGAGGAAGUCACCGAGCUGGAUGAAUUGAAGGAACGCAUUGAAAACUUACCGCGGAACACAGGUACACCAGACUUGGAUGCAGCACUGGUAGAGGCCAAUAGACUCCUUGCGGGGGCUCGUCCAAAUGCCAAGAAAGUGUUGGUAAUUAUCACUGAUGAUACAUCAGACAGCAGGCCUUGGGAAAUUAGAGCAAACGCCAGGGAACUUGAAGAAGGAGAGAUCGAGGUUGUUCCUGUGGGCAUGGGAAAUGAAGUGGAUCUUAAUCAGCUAGAGCACACAACUCCGCACAAAGACAACUUAAUCACUGCAGACAGAGAGGACGAUACGGAUGAUCUUGCAGAAGAGAUACUGGAGAAAAUACUAAGAAAGAGGACAAUGCUUCCCAAGAUCGACUUGAUGUUUCUUCUAAGUUCGCAAUCUUCAAAAUCCUUCAAAACAUUUCCAUACAUGAAAGACGUUGUAACGAAUAUCAUGCAGAACUAUAGCACUAAUCAGAUUCACUAUGCUGUUGUCCUGUACGGAAAUGAACCUUCUGUUGUCCUGAAGUUCUCUGAUGGCAUCACAGACCCAGAUCAGCUUGUGGAGUUGGUGAGCUCAGCAUCAAACAUUCCAGGAGGAUCAGCAUUAGACAAAGCAUUGCAGAAAGCAAAACAACUUUUCACCGACGAUGACGCUGUGAGACCAGAUGCAAGACAAAUACUGGUUGUCAUGACGGAUGAUGAAUCAUCUGGAGAUAAGGAAGUUGCUAAAGGAGUUGCUCAGGACUUGAUCGACAAUCACGUGACAAUCAUAACUGUUGCAGUUGGAAGUGAGGUUGAUUCCAAUGAAUUGGGAACUCUCACGCCAACUGAUGGUGAUUCAAUGAACACCACCUCAGACGAAGAUCCGGAAAAGACUAGUGAAGAAAUUAUACGACUAAUAGCACAAGGUACGUUUUUAUACAAAGGGUUGCCACAGGUCAGGAAUGGUCAGCGAAAAAAUUCUUCGAGGUCAGGGAAAAGUCAGGGAAUUUUACGUAGUUAUAUGGGGGGGGNAACGGAAGCAAAGGAAACGUUUGAUUUAAUGAAAGAAACUUUACUCUCCAUUGUGGCAACACAUGGCAUGAAGAACAUCCAUUACACCGUCAUGACAUACGGCUCGAUAACAAGAACAGUUCUGGACUUCCAAGAUACAUUCCCAGAUGAACAAGCCUUGUUGAAGAAGCUUGAGAGCCUGUCUACUGUCAGCGGUACGCCUGAUUUAGAUCUUGCAUUGGCAGAUGUGAAGAAGGCGUUUGAAGCACCCGGAGCUCGGCCAGAUGCAAAGAAAGUUCUUGUUUUCUUGGUGGACAGUAAGUCAGGGAGCAGCGAAGAAGACGUCUUGAAAUCUGCAAUGGCACUGGAAGAGUUUUGGGUUAAGGUUAUUCCGGUUGGAAUAGGAAGCAAAGUGAAUCGAGAGGAAAUAGAAAAGACUACUCCGCUAAAGAAAAACAUCAUUGAAGUGCCAACUCAAGAGAAUCCAGAGAGACUUGGCAAGAAAAUUAUGAAAAGAGUGAGAGAAAAUCUGUACCUUUUACCAAUCCCAGAAGUAGAUCUCGCAAUUGCAAUCAGUGCUGCAUCAGUGAAAGCGGAUGACAACUUUGAGAAGGCAAAGGAAGUGAUAAAGUCAAUAAUUGACACAUACGCCAUGAAUAAACUUCGUUAUGGUGUGAUUGUAUUUGGCUCGAAAGCCUCGAUUAAAGUCAGCUUUGGCGACGAUUUUCCUACUGACGAAAAUCUCAAGAACGUGAUCACUAUCCUGUCUGGCUCAAACGAACGUCCUGAUCUAGACGAAGCCCUGAAGAAAGGAAAAGAAUUGUUUGACGACGCGCCAGAGCGUCCAAAUGCAUGGAAAGUUUUGGUAUUAAUCACGGAUGUGAAGUCGACUAGCAAGCUUGUUGAUGUGAAGGCAACUGCAAAGAUGUUGCAAGAUGAUGGAAUUAAGGUGAUCCCGGUAGCUAUUGGAGAUGAGGUUGACCGUGUGGAACUUGAAGAGACUACCUCCGACAAAACAAACGUUGUGAACGUGACGACUGAUGUCUAUGUAAUAGUUUUGAAAGAGAAGAUUAUGUCCAAAGUUUUCAAAGAAAUGGAUGAAGAUGAACAUGACUUUGUCAUCGCAGUGUCUCUUAAUGCACAAAACAUGCCGUACUUCAGAAAAAUGAGCCUGGAACUUUUGGACAACCAUCCAAUUAGCGAAGCAGGCUACAGCUUUCUCACCUACAACUCUCGAGUCAGAACAGUCAAUACUUUCCAGAAGAUAUAUUCUUCAGAUAGUCAGGUCAAAAGCGUUAUCAAGAAACUUCCUUCACGAGUUGGUAGAACUUCCAGACUUGACCUAGCGCUCGCCGAAGCUAAGAAGCUGUUUGCAAAUGGAUCUGGUAGUCGACCACACGCCAAAAAGGUUGUUAUCAUUUACACUGACCAAGACCAGACUGGAGAUGCUGCUGCAGGCAAAACGUCCAAGGCGAUGGAAGCAGAGGGCAUUCAGAUUAUCUUUGUGGUUCUGAAAAUGAGGUACGUUCCUCCGAUCUGUGAAGUGGUCACCCCAAAUAAGGAGAGUUGCAUUCCAACAACAACUGAAGAACCUAAGAAGACUGUGGACAAGAUUGACGAGGUGUUGAAGAAAGGUCUCAAACCAACCCCAGAAAUUGAGCUCUGCUUUGCAUUCAGUGCGACAGGCACCUAUCGUGGCACCACAUCGAGGCUGAUGAAAAACACCGUAGCUGCAAUCAUUCGGAAGUACGGCAGCGUCAAACUGCACUACUUGGCCAUCGUGUUUGGAACCCAAGCCAACACCGAGAUCAGUUACAGAAAUCAAAAUCUAAAUGAUGAAACCCUUAUUUCUUUCAUUCAGCGCAUACGACAGCCUCCUGGAAGUCCUAGACUCCAUGUGGCUUUGCAAGAAGCGAAGAAGGCGUUCAACGAGGUUCCCAGGAGACCUGGGGCAAAGAGAGUCCUGGUGGUGUUGAUUGAUAACGAGUCCGUUGGGGAUGAUGACGACAUGAAAAAACUCCAGGCUGCCAAGGAGUUGUAUGGAGGCGAUGUUAUUAUUAUUCCUGUGGCGAUUGGCGUUGAAGCAGAUCUUGAUGAGUUGGAAGUAAUAACUACGCGUAAAGAUAAUCUUAUUGAAGAGUUCAAAGAUGUUGAUCCAAAAGAACUCGCCAAGCAGAUUAUGGAGAAGACCUUCGGUGUUAUAGAAGAACCACGUAUACCUGAAACAGAUAUCGUUUUUGCAAUCUCUGCUACAUCCGCGAAGUGGCGUGACAACUUUCAGCAGAUGAAAGAUACCAUCACGUCAAUUCUGGACACGUAUUCCAUGGACGUGAUCCGAGUGGGCGUGGUAGUAUUUGGAAGCGACACAGAAGCUGCGAUUUCUAUUCAAGAAAAUACAAACAACAAUGUUCAAACUGACGUUAAAAGGCUCUUCCCUAAAUUUGGAGUCCCGGAUUUAGACAGCGCCCUCAGUGAAGCAAGGAGAGUCUUUAAGACCAGUGGAAGGCCCGAUGCCAGGAAGGUUGUCGUGGUGAUAUCUGACAGAGGUUCUGACAGUAGCUAUGGUGACGUCAAGGCUGAAGCAGAUCGUCUUACAGAAGAUGAUAUUAUGGUGAUUAGUGUUGUCAUUGGGAAGGACUCUGACCCUAAAGAAUUGGAAGAGUUUACUCCUCAUGAAGUGACUGAAACUACUACAGAUGAGGAUCCAAAGGAACUUGGCAAGAAAAUCAUUAUACUAGUUCUAAAAGUCAAAGAAACGUUUCAAGGAUUGAUCGAUCUUUAUGGUGUGGGCCGCGUUCAUUAUGGCUUCAUUGUAUUUGGCUCUUCAGCAGUGAUAAAGCUCCCAUUUACAGAUCAGGUCACAGAGCAGUCAAAGCUCAAGAAGUCUGUCGAUGAUGCAUUGUUAUCGACCGUCAGCUCCCCGAAUCUGGACAGGGCUCUAGAAGAAGCAAAGACGCUGUUCCGAGGUUCAACGCGGGGCCAGGCGAAUAAGAUACUGGUUGUAAUCAUGGAUAAAUUAUCACCAAGCGAGCCUACGAUUGUAAAGGCCAAAGCACGACAACUGGUGGAUCAAGGAAUAACAGUGAUCCCUGUCAUCAUCGGAGAUGAAGUCAACAAGGAACAUGUUGAACCGGUAACUGACGAUGAAGACCGCAUUGUUCCAGUCAAACCAACUGAUAAACCCAAAGAUGUGACGGAUACUGUUGAUGAGCAGAUCAAAAAGGCUAUCAAAGAUCCUUCACGACUGGUUCAAAUCAACCUUGGCUUUGCGAUAAGUGUCACCUCCUUAGAUUCGGACAGAACCUUCAGGCAAAUGCAAGAUAUCAUCAAGUCCGUUGUGGACAAUUACCCAACAUCCAACAUUUUCUACAGUGUUCUAUCUUUUGGAGACCCUCCCAUUGUUCAUAUUAAUUUUGACGACCAGCUGUCAGAUGAGGAUAAAAAACGAACCAUUGACUCCAUCACCAAGACAACUGGGAUAGCAUCGCUUGAUAAAGCAUUGGAAAAAGCGCGAGAUCUCUUCAAUGCGGCCUCCACCCAGAGACCAACGGCUAAGAAUAUACUUGUGGUAAUGGUUGACGGCAAGUCUGAUAGCAAGCUAGAUGAUGUCAAGGCGUCGUCAAGGUUAUUACAGGCUGAUCGCGUCAAAGUGAUUGUUGUUGGUGUUGGUGAUGAAGUGGAUAAACCGGAAAUAGAUGUUGUAACUGAAACUACAGUUCUUACCAAUACCACUGACAAUCCAGAUUCCGUGGCUGAGGUGAUUAUUAUAACUAUUGACAAAGAUACUCGAGAUAUCCCUGACAUCGACUUCGUCUUUGCUCUGAGUGCGGCUGCUGUUGAUGCUGAGGACACCUUUGACAAGAUAAUAGACACAGUGGAUGCCAUAAUCAAGCAUUAUGGAACAGACAAGUUCCGCUACGCUUUGAUGACAUUUGGUGACACGCCUUCCGUUGUCGUUGACUUCAGUGAUGGCCGCGGCAAAGAAGCACUGAGGGCCACUGUGCAACAACUCAGACGUCCUACUGGCGAGCCAGACGUGGUGAAAGCCUUGAAAGAAGCUGAGAAGCUGUUUGACAAUGCUCCUCCCAGACCAGGCAGCCGGAAAAUUGUUGUCAUUUUUGUAGACAAAAAGACUGCCAAUACCCGCGACGACCUGAAGGAAGUUGCCGAAUCGUUAAUUGAGAAGAAUGUGACAAUUGUACCGGCAGUGAUUGGUCCAGAAGUUUAUAUUGAUGACAUAGAGGUCAUAAUUACGAACAAAGAGUACAUUGCCACUUGUGAACCUAUUGAACCUCAAACAUGGCCGGAAAUAAUAAUUGACAAGUCUCUAAAAGAGCUACCAGAGAUUCCAAAGCUUGACCUAGGCUUUGCAAUAAGCACCGGUUCUUUAGAUGCGGAAGAGAACUUGCAAACGAUCAAGGACACCAUCAAAUCAGUGAUCGAUCGUUAUGGCAAGACUGACAUUCGAUACAGUUUCAUUUUGUUUGGCGAUGAACCCUCCGAGAGAGUUCGGUUUACGGAGAGUGAGCGUUUCACCAUCGAGAUCCUAAAGGAUAGGGUUGACAGACUCGCUCGUAUCUCUGGUGCAUCUCUGGACAAAGCCCUUGACAAAGCAAAGAAGAUGUUCGAGGAUACAGCCAGACAGGACGCGAAAAAGGUGUUAGUUGUCAUCAUGGACCAGAAACAGUCAGGUGAUCGUGACAAGACGAAGGAGAAGGCAAGAGAACUGAAAAAUGCUGGAGUGAAAGUUGUGCCUGUGGUGCUUGGUGAAGAAGCGAGUGAAGAGGAACUUGAAGAAAUCACACGGAACAAAAAUAACUUGGUUGAGAUGGAUACAGAUGAGAAUCCUGACAAAGCUGCGGAGAAAAUUAUGAUUAAAGUGCUUGAAGAUACGCCUGAUGAAGAGGAGAUGCUAGAUAUUGCAUUUGCCCUCAGUGCAAGAGCCUUAAAAUCAGACGAUAACUUCAUGAAGAUGAAAUCUGUUAUAACUGAGAUCCUCGGCACUUAUGGCUCGUCCACUGUUCGGUAUAGCGUCAUCAAAUUUGGCAAAGAACCAAAUGUAGAACUUGAUUUUGGAGACGAGAGCGAUCCUGAGGAAUUAAGACAGAUCUUACAGCGUAUUACAAAGAAUGACGAGGGAGCAGAUUUGGGCAGGGCGCUUCGAAAAGCUAGAGAGCUGUUCCAAGUGGCAGCGUUAACGCGUCCAGAUGCUAAAAGGAUCCUAGUGGUUGCCAUGGACAAGAUGUCAGACAGUGAUGAAAUUACAGUGUCGGUUGCUGCUCGAUCACUGCAGCAUGAUGGGAUCCGAGUGAUUGCGGUCACGUUUGGAAAAGAAGCUGACCCGCAGGAAAUGACAGAGGCAAGCUUAAACGUUAACAAUGUCAUUGAGACUAAUGACACCGCAAGUACGAAGGAAAUUGCCGCUGAAGUGAUGGAAAAGGCUAACAAUGAUUCAAUGCCGCUCCUCGAUGUUGACCUUGGAUUUGCAAUCAGUGUGACAGACAGCGGGGCUGAGCAGACGUACGAAAACAUGAAAAAUGUUAUGAAACAUAUUGUGGAUACGUACGGACUUGCCAGUAUUAGAUAUGGUGUCCUCAUGUUUGGUAACUCAGCCAACACAUAUAUACCUUUCUCACAAACGUUCCCUGACAAAAUGGCGCUGACGAUACUUCUCGAUUCAUUCCCUCCACUCCGAGGUGGACCAGACCUGCGGAAGGCAUUAGAAGAAGCGAAGACAUUGUUUGAUCAAGCAACAGCCCGGCCUGAUGCUAAAAAGGUCCUUGCUGUGAUACUUGACAACAAAUCCAUCAAUAAUGACAGCGACAUCGAGGAAGCAGCUAAGGUUUUGGAAGAUGACGAUAUUCAAGUCGUGCCUGUUGGUGUUGGUUCAAAUGUUGACGACGAGGAACUUGAAACUAUGACAAGUAACAAGCAAAAUAUCAUCAAAACUGACAAGGAGGGUGAUCCAUCAGGUGUGGGUGAAGAAAUCAUACAGAAAAUCCGAGAAGAUCCCCCUGCCAUUCCAGAAUUGGACCUUCUUUUCGCCCUUAGUGCCAACGCCUUGAAAGAGAGAGAGAAUUUCCAACAAAUGAAGGAUAUAAUCAAGAGCAUGAUUGAUCGAUAUGGAACAUCUAGUAUUCAGUAUGCUGUCAUUACGUUUGGAAAUGUUCCCAUUACCAGAAUCUCGUUUAAUACAGCUUUCUCAGACGACGAAGCAUUGCAGAGUUUAGUAGAUUCUGUGCGGAAGAGCUCUGGAGCAUUAUUAGACAGUGCCCUCGCGGAAGCGAAAAAUUUCUUUGAAACACAGGGUCGCUCUAAUGCCAAGAAAGUCCUGGUGAUAAUUACUGAUAAGAAAUCCAGCAGUUCUCUAAACAACGUGGAGAAUCAAGCGAAGUUCCUGGAGGAGGAUGACAUUAAAGUUAUUCCCGUCGCACUUGGAUCAGAAUCAGACAUUUCUGAGCUAUCUAAAACCACACCAAACAAAGAGAACCUGGUCGAUGUUGACGAAGGCGAUGAUCCCGACAUGACUGCUGAGAUAAUUUUGUUGAAGGUUUUGAAAGAUGUCCCCAAGAUACCAGAGAUGAAUUUAGCAUUUGCUAUCAGUGCCAGAGCGGUAGAUGACGAGACAAACUUCGAAAAGAUGAAAGACAUUCUUAAGGCGAUUGUACAAAAGUUUGGUUCAAACCGAAUUCACUACAGUGUGAUCACGUUUGGUGAUUCACCAAUCACUGAGCUGCCAUUCAAUCGCCGGCUGCCCUCUGAUGAGGAUUUGGAACGAUUCAUCGGCUCCAUUUCAAAGAACAGACGUGGUGCAGCAUUAGGUGAGGUUCUGAGAGAGGCUACCAAGCUUUUUAACGAUGCCGCUAAGGUUCGCCCCGAUGCAAAGAACGUCUUAGUCGUUAUAACAGACAAGAAGUCCGAUAGCAGAGGAGAAGAUUUGAAGAAGGAGGCUAUGAAAAUGCGGCCCGAUGAUAUCAAGGUUAUUGCUGUUGCUCUCGGAGAAGAGUCAGACAAGGAUGAGCUUGAUAUUUUGACUCCUGAACAGGGUGAGGUCAUCGAAGCUAACAGCACUGAUGGUGCAAAGAAAACUGCUGAGGAAAUCAUGAACAAAGCUCUCGAAGAUUAUCCAGAUGUACCCGAGAUUGAUAUCACUUUUGCCAUCAACACCGCUGCUACCGAUGCAGAAAAGACCUUCGAAGUACUGAGAGAUGCUGUAAAGAGCAUCAUAAACAUGCACAAUCCUGAUCGAAUACGUUACAGCAUCGUUAUUUAUGGCGACUCUGCAACACCUGUUGUAUCAUUCUCAAAAGAUCCUCAAGACGUUCGGAAACUCCUUAAGGCUGCCGACAAACUACCACAACCCUCGGGACUACCCGAUCUCAAGGCGCUUUUAGAAGAAGCCAAGAAGGUUUUCGAGAAGGAUUCGGGCAGGCCUAAGGCAAACAAAGUUCUGGUUGUGGUAACUGAUGCUAAAUCGCCUUCGACGUCAGAUGAUAUUAAAGAAGCAGCUAGACCGCUGGAAGACGAAGGAAUAACAGUCAUUGCAGUGGCCGUAGGAGAUGAAGCAAACUCCAAGCAGUUGGAGAAAAUGAUCCCCGACAAGCAGACUCCACUGAGUGUAGACAAAGAUGAAGACCCAGCUGACAUAGGGGAUAAAAUUAUGGACAAGGUAUUGGAAGCUAUACCCCAGCUACAGGAUUUAGAUUUGGCAUUUGCGAUAAGUGCAAACGCUGCCUUGGAUUCAAGUGAAAACUUCAGAAAGAUGAAAGACAUCAUUGACUGGGUCAUUAACAAAUACGGUGUGGGUACAAUCCAAUAUGGCGUCGUUGUGUUCGGAAACACACCUUCUGUUAAAGUGACUUUUACGCAGCCUGUUAAUGACGACCAGCUGAAAGCUAUCCUGCAAAGCGCAGCCAAGAAUCGAGCAGGAUCAAACCUGGAAAGAGCACUCGAUGAAGUUCAAAGGCUUUUUGAUUCUUCCCCUCGUCCAGAUGCUAAAAGGGUGUUGGUGCUCGUCACGGACAAAAGGUCUGACAGCAGCCUUGAAGACGUGGAGACGUCAGCCGAGGCUCUCUGGAGUUCUCGCAUCAAAGUAGUUCCAGUUGCCUUUGGGCGGGAGGCGGCACCUGAUGAGGUUAAGGCUACCACAUCCGAUGAAGACAACUUGAUAGACGUUAAGAACACUAACAAUCCUGAUGACGUGGCUAAGGACAUUAUGGAGAAAGUUUUAGAAGAUUUCAAUGUGCCGAAAAUGGAUGUCGCGUUUGCUAUCAGCGCCACAGCCUUCCAAUCAGAUGCCAACUUCAAGAAAAUGCAAGACACAAUCAAAGAAUUUGUCGAUAGAUUGGGCGUCCAUGGCAAAGUGCAUUAUGCCUUGUUAACAUUUGGAGACCCUCCAACAACACAUCUGCAAUUUGGUGAUAAAUCGGCCAGUUUGACUGCUUUAAAAGACUUGAUUGAAAAAGUUCCUAUGCCAUCGAAAGAAGCUGCACUGGAUAAAGCUCUUAGCACUGCCAAGAUGUUGUUCAUCCCUGCCGCCGGUGGAAGGGUGGAUGCGAAAAAAAUCUUAGUGAUUAUGACCGAUAGAGAGUCAGAUAGCAGCAGCGAGGAUGCCAUGAAAUCUUCCAAACAGGUGACGGAUGAAGGAAUACGAGUGAUUGCAGUUCCUUUGGGUGAUGAGGACAAUGUGAAUGAAGUGAAGACAAUCGUGUCGAUCAAAGAAGAUGUUAUCAAACCAAACAUAACUGAUGAACCACGAGACAUCGCAGAUAAGAUCAUUGAUACCAUACUUGAUGACAAUCUUCGAGUUCCACAGAUUGAUCUAGGAUUUGCUAUCAGUGCCACAGCUGUGUCAGCCUCAGACACCUUUGAGCGCAUUAAGGACACUAUUACUGCAAUCGUUGACGAGUAUGGAAUCACUGAUAGGCUCCGUUAUGGCCUCAUCGUGUUUGGUAGAAACGCACUUCAGAAAUUAAGCUUCGGCGAAGAAUCUGACAUGAACUCUUUGAAGGCUAAAAUAAAGUCAUCUCAACGUCUUGGGGGGGAACCUAACUUGCAGAAAGCUUUAGAAGAAGCCAAACGAUUGUUUGACUCGGAGUCAGCUGGACCUGAUGUGAAAAAAGUUCUGGUUGUUAUUACUGACAAGAAAUCCACGAGUCGCCCUGAAGAUGUGAAGAAGGCUGUAGUGCCUCUAGAGGAGGGAGGGGUUAAAAUUGUACCCGUCGCUGUCGGUUCGUCAGCCGAUCCCAGCGAGUUGGAAGUGAUCACAUCCAAUAGAGGAUACAUCAUAGUGACACAGCGAAAGCUUGAUCCUGAUGUAACUGCUGAAAAGAUCAUGGAGAAAGUGUUGAAAGAUUUGCCAGCAGUUCCUGAUAUGGACCUUAUAUUUGCCAUCAGCACCAUCUCACCUAAAGCGGAUGUGAACUUUGCUAAGAUAAAGGAAGUUAUCCAGGAUUUGAUUGAUAGGUAUGGAGUCCAACGAGUGUACUACAGUAUCAUCCUCUUCGGUCGAGAUCCGUCUGUCAGGAUAAAAUUCACUCAACAACUCAACGAGGAUUCUUUGAAAAAUGCUGUGAACAGACUUCCAAGACCAUCCGGAGGGUCGUCGCUUCAAGCUGCCCUAGAAAAAGCCAGGGAAGUAUUUGACGAAGGCAGCCGUCCCGACUCGAAAAAGGUCCUGGUUGUUAUAUUGGACCGAAAGUCUGAAAGCACUAUCGCUAACGUAAGGGACGCUGCUAGCAAGUUAGAGGAGGAUGGAGUCAAGGUGAUUCCGGUGGCUUUUGGAAGCCGAGCUGAUACCGACGAAGUGGAAGCAACCACUCCAAACAAAGCGAAUUUUGUCAAGAUAAAUGACACCGCUCUUCCAACAGAGUGUGCUGAAGAAAUCUCCGAGAGAAUCACCGAUAGUAAGCCAGUUGUCCCAAAGGUUGACAUGGGAUUUGCCAUCAGUGCGACUGCAGCAAAUGCCAAGGAACACUUCCAGAAAAUGCAAGAAGUCAUCAAAACGUUCAUUGAUAAAUAUGGAUCUCAUAGGAUUGCUUAUAGUGUUAUGACCUUUGGAUCAAGCCCGACCAUCCAUGUCCGCUUCAGCGACUCAGCUAAUCCCGAUGACAUCCUAAAGGGAAAUGUUGAUAGCAUUCCACAGAAUACAGCACGGGCAUCACUGGACAAAGCCUUGUACGGAGCGAAAGAGCUUUUCAAGGCCUCUAAUGGCGCCAGACCAGACGCUAUGAAAGUUUUGGUGGUGAUAACAGACAAGAAAUCAGAGAGCCUGGCGGAAAAUGUCGAGAAAUCCGCGCAGAGGCUUGACGAGAGUGACAUCAGAGUGAUUGGUGUCGCACUUGGCGAUGAAGGAGAUGGAGAGCUGCGUCACAUCACUGACGUCAAGGAUGAUGUCAUCAAUACCACUGAUACAACGUCACCCACCAAAGUUGUAGAAAAAAUAAUGGAACGCGUGCUCAACAAGACCGCCACACUGGACGAGAUCGAUUUGGCAUUUGCUAUCAGUUCUGCUGCUGCCGGUGCUGAGGCAACUUUCCAGCGAAUAAAAGACACUCUGAAAGAGAUCAUGCAGACUUACAAAACCGACAAACUUCGUUAUGCUUUACUGGCGUUUGGAAGUCAGCCCAUUACUCCUAUUAGCUUUGGUUUGUCUCUUCCAGAUGAUGACAUGAUACGAACAUAUCUUAACUCCUUCUCUCGGCCAUCUGGAGGCCCCGAUCUUCAGAAAGCUUUGGCAGUAGCUAAGAGAUUAUUUGAUCGAGCUUCACCUCGUCCGAAUGCGAAGAAAGUGCUGGUGGUAAUCAUGGACAAGAAAUCGAUUAACGAAGAGGAGGAAAUCCAGGAGGCACUUAAACCAUUGAAGGAAGAUGAGAUCAAGAUUGUGCCAGUUGGAAUCGGUCCCGAUGCUGAUGUGAAUGAACUGAAGAACAUUACUUCAGCUGAGGGAUAUUUGGUGAAAGCAAAGAAAACGGCAGAUCCUGAAAAGCUUGCAGAGAAGAUUAUGGCUAAAGUAAUAUCUGACAUUGUGGAAGUUCCUGAAGUUGACAUGAUUUUUGCAAUCAGUGCCAACGCGCAGUUGAAUGAAUUAGCAAACUUCCGGCAGAUGAAAGACAUUAUUAACGCCAUGAUUGACAAGUACGGCAGAGGAGACAUCAUGUAUGCAGUCAUAGUGUAUGGCGAUGAACCAUCACGCUUGGUUCGUUUCACAACCAACUUUGACUCGGAUGAAGCUCUUAUGGAUUACAUCAGUAAAAUGAGAAAAGGUCGCGGUGCCUCAUUGACCAAAGCCCUGCAACUAGCAAAAGAGGAGUUUUCUUCAGGCGGACGUCAAAACGCCAGGAAGAUAUUGGUUGUGAUCACAGACAAGAGAUCCACCAGUAAGCUGAUGGAUCUUACAGGUGAAGGACAGGAUCUGGAGGAGCAGGAUAUUAGGGUUAUACCAGUGGCUCUUGGAAACGAAGCUGACUCAAACGAACUGCAGAAGAUCACCCCAUGGUUAGAUGACAUUUUGGAGAUUGACAAAGAUGAUAAUCCAUAUGAGGUGGCAGAGAUUAUUCUGAAGAUCGGUCUCAAAGACAAACAAAAACUUCCAGAACUGGAUUUAGCCUUUGUCAUCAGCUCUACUGCUGCCAACUACAGGAACAACUUGAAGAAGACCAAGGAAAUCAUAAAGAAUGUUAUCAAGAAGUACGGAAUAAAUAAAAUGCACUACAGUGUGGGCACGUUGAUACGAAAACUGAAUAUCAUUGUGAAGUUCAACGAAGAGGUUGACAGCAAUUCCCAAUUCAUGGCACUCGUGGACAGUAUCCCCACCAUAAAGGGAGGUUCUGAUUUGGCAAAAGCCCUUGAAGAAUCCCCAGCCAUGUUCACAGAGGAGAACGGUGGACGUCCCAGUGCUAAAAAGAUCUUAGUGGUUAUUAUUGAUAAUAAGUUAGAUAGUAAUGAUGACGAUAUUGAAGAUGCGGCGAGUCUUGUUAAAGAGCUUGGCAUUCGAGUGAUUCCAGUUGGCCUCGAUAAAGCGGAUAAGGUGGAGCUGGACAAGACGACAGCAGUAGACGAGGAUGUGCUGACACCUUCAGACGAUAAAACUGCAGAGGACAUUGCUAAGGAUAUCAUGGACAGGGCGUUGAAUGAGACAGCAGCAGUUCCACCAUUAGACCUUAGCUUCGCCAUCAGUGCCUCGGCACAGGACGCCGAUGAAACAUUUAAGCUGAUGAAAGAAGCAAUAAGUUCCAUCACGGAGCGCUACGAAACGAGCAAAAUCCGCUAUGCUUUGCUCACAUUUGGCACCACUGUGAACAGAGAAGUAAACUUCACCCUAGAUUUGCCUGAUCCUGAAGUAUUGCGAAAAGCUUUACAGAGAGCAAGUCAACCGUCCGGUGAACCCGACUUGCAGAGAGCUCUUGAGGAAGCAAAGAUAAUGUUCAAACAAGCUCCGUCUCGACCUGGAGCCAAGAAAGUACUUGUCGUGAUAAUGGACAAGAAGUCCAUUAGUGACUCUAGCGAGGUGAAACAAGCCUCCAAACCACUGGAGGAUGUUAAUAUCGUCGUAGUACCGGUUGCAGUUGGUCCUGCGGCCAGCCUGCCAGAGCUGGAGAAGACAACAACUAAUAAGAAAUUUAUGAUCAUUGUUGGAAAGGAUGAGGAUCCAGAGACACUUGGAGAGGAAAUAAUGAGAAAGGCAUUGACGAAUCUUCCAGCUGUUCCCAUGGUAAACUUGAUCUUUGCUAUCAGCGCACUGUCAUCUAAUGCCAAUGGCAAGUUCCAAAAGAUGAAGGACAUCAUAAAGACCAUGGUUGAUGAAUAUGGCAAGGAAAGGAUCCACUACAGCCUCAUUGUAUUUGGAGACAAGCCCUCUGUCGAGCUACGGUUCUCUAGAACCUUUGAUACCGAUGGUCAGCUGAAAGCUUUCAUUGACCUCAAGAAGAGGGCAACUGAUGGUGCCAAUUUGGACAGCGCGCUUAAGAAAGCGUCUGAGUUGUUUGAUGAAUAUCAGCGGGAGGGUGCUAAGAGGGUGCUGGUGGUGAUCACGGACAAGAAAUCUACAAGUGACGGGAAAGAUGUCAAGAACACGGCCAUGUCACUGUGGGAUGAUGAUAUUGAAGUGAUUCCUAUCGCGUUUGGUCGAGAGUCUGAUGAGGACGAACUCAAGUCUAUAACACCGCAUGUGGAUAAUGUGAUACCAGCAUACGUGACUAACAAGACAAAAAAGAUUGCCAUGGAAAUCAUGGACAAAAUGAGAAAAGCUGUUCCUUUGGCUGACCUGGCCUUUGCCAUCAGUUCCAACGCUGCUGGCAAAGAGCAGACUUUCAAGAAAAUCAAAGAUUCCCUUGACUUCAUCAUGACAUAUUACGGUGCCGAAAGAAUCCGAUAUGCUGUGAUCACAUUUGGCUCAUCUUCGUACGAAGACGUCAAUUUCCAAGAUGGCAGAACGGUAGAUGAACUCAGAGAACGUGUCGACCGUAUUAUUCCUGCCUUUGGUGUACCAGAUCUUAAAGAGUCCUUGGAGAAAGCUAAAGACGUCUUUGAUAAGGCGACAGACAGACCUGAGGCUAAGAAGUUCUUGAUUGUUGUCAUGGAUUCAAAGUCCAGCAGCGGUCCUGAUGAGGUCCAGGAAGAAGCAGAGGUUCUAGAGAAGGAAGGCAUUAAGGUUAUACCAGUAGCUAUUGGUUCAGAUGCGAAUUCUAACGAGUUGGAGAAAGUCACUACAAACCGGAAGAACUUGGUAACAUCUCCAAAAGAUGAAGAUCCUAAAUCUUUGGGAAGGAAGAUCAUGAGCGUUGUUAUAAAAGAUAACCCGCCAGUUGAGAAGGUAGACAUGAUUCUAGCAGUCAGUUCCACUGCAACACUUGGGGAACAGGACUUCAAGAAGACCAAGGAUGUUAUCGAGUCAAUUCUGAACGAAUAUGGCCGUGAACGCAUCCAUUAUGGCGUUGUGCUUUUUGGAAAAGAGCCUCAGGUAGCUGUACGCUUGGGUGAUUACUAUGAAACUGAUGACCAACUGAUGGCAACUUUAAAUUCUUUUGAUCGGGACACUGGUAGUGCUGAUUUGGCAAAGGCUGUGAAAGCAUCAUGGGACAUACUUUUGAAGGAAGGAAGGCCGAAUGCCAAGAAAGUCCUUGUGGUUAUUUCUGACAAAAGAUCUUCAAGCUCAGACAGUGAAAUAAGAAAUGAAGUAAAACCACUGCAAGACAAUGACGUCAUAGUAAUUCCUGUAGCGCUUGGUAACGAGGCGGAUGAGAGACAACUUAAAUUGCUUACAGAUGGCGAGAGUAGCCUAGUGACGGCGAAAACAACAGAUGAUACCACUGACAUCAAGAACAAACUGAUGGAUGUUGUUUUUAAAGAGAGGAUCUCGAUACCUGAAAUGGACCUGUUGUUGGCCAUCAGCACCACGGCUACUGAAUCCGAGGACAACUUACGCUAUUCGAAAGAGGUUAUUUACAAAAUCAUUGAAAAAUAUGGCAUCAGAAAGAUCAAGUACAGUCUCCUUACAUUCGGCCAAGAACCGUACGUGUACUUUAAGUUUAAUUCCAUCUUCGAUGAUGUGGACAGGCUUAAGCUGGCCAUUGACGGAGGCAAAAUGAAAUCAAGUGGUGCGUCUCUGCAAAAGGCAAUGGAAAAGUCAAAAGAAAUGUUCGAUGAAGCCGAAGAUCUCCGUCCUGAUGCCAAGAAGGUCCUGGUUGUAAUCAUUGAUAACAAAUCAGGUAGCACUGAAGAGGACAUUAGAAAGGCUGCCGUCCCUCUGGAAAAUGACAAAAUCCGUGUCAUUCCUGUGGCACUUGGCAGAGAAGUAGACAUACCAGAACUGACAAAUGCAACCCUUGAUAAGGAUGAUAUCGUCAAAGCAGACAGAGAAGAUGACCCCGAGAAAAUUGCAGAUGAGAUCAUAAUGAAAGCUAAAUCUCUUGGUGUCCCUGAAAUGGACAUAUGCGUUGCUUUUGGCACCUCAGAUUCGAAUGCGGGAGAAACAUACAAGAAAAUGCAAGAGGCAGUGACAAGCAUCAUUGAAAAGUACAAAAAAUAUGAUCAAAUCCGCUAUUCCAUUCUGCCCUUUGGAACAAACCCAGGCUUGGUAACAGCAUUUGGAGAGGAGGUUGUCAAUCUGGACAAAUUAAUCGAAAAUAUCAUGAGCAUUUCUCGACCGCGUGGGCAGCCAGAUGUGAUAAAAGCUUUGGAAAGGGCAGAAAAAUUGUUUGACACCGCACCGCCUAGACCCAGAGCGAAGAAGUUUUUGGUUAUCUUUGUUGGGAGCAAAUCUCGGAAUGAAUUGGAAAUGUUAAAGAAAGCUGCGAAACCACUAGAAGACAAAAAUAUCAAGGUUAUCGCCGUGGCUGUAGGAAAGGAGGCAGACCCUGGUNAUGCUAGGCAAACAUUGGACAAAGUGAAAGAGACCGUAAAAUUCAUAAUCAAGAAAUAUGGUGUUGGUAACCUACGUUAUGCUGUAAUAAUUUACGGCUCUGACGCAAAGGUAACCCUCGGCUUUGAGAGAACCUUCUCAUCCCUGGAGAAUUGGCUAACUACGGUUGAUAGCAUGCAGAAUGAGGCUGGAAAUCCCGCGCUGGAGAAGGCGCUGCAGAAGGCAGAGGAAUUGUUCCAGUCGAGUGCUCGGAAGGACGUCAAGAAAGUCCUGGUGGUGAUUGCAGACAAAUCACCAAUAGGAGAUAAACAAGAAACAGGGAAGGAAGCUCAAGAAUUGGAAUUCGCUGAUGUAAAGAUUGUUCCUGUUGCCAUUGGCGGUGAUAUCGAUCCUAAAGAAAUCAAGGAAAUUUCACCGUAUAAAGACGUACUAGUUGUUGUUCCUGGUGAGGUUGACCCAACAGAACUUGGCAAAUCAGUUAUGGCGAAAGUCCUUAAAGUGACGCACAGAAUACCAAAGUUGGACCUCGCCUUUGCCAUUAGUGCGCUACCAACCGACAACAAUUUUGGAGUUAUUCUGGAUGUUGUGAAGGAAGUAACGAAGAGAUUCUUCAGCGACAGGGUCCAAUAUGGGCUUAUUGUUUUUGGCAAAGCUGCCUCCAUAAGGAUUCCCUUCAGGGACAGGUUCAGCGAUCCUAAACAACUUGAGAAUUACAUUGAUUUGAUAGCUGGUAACAAUGACGAGCCUGCACUGGACAAGGCUCUUGUUUCGGCAAAGAGACUGUUUGAAAGCGAGUCUGCCCGGAAAGAUGCUCAAAAGGUUCUUGUCAUUAUCAUGGAUGCCUCGACUGGUCGUAACAAGCCAGCCAUCAACAAAGCGGCGAAGGACUUGAUAGACGCCUCGAUAGUUGUGAUUCCUGUUGCUAUUGGUAACAAGCCUGUUCCUGACUUCGAAAAGGAGUUCCCGGAUGAGGAUGUUAUCAAAACAAACGACACAGAUCAUCCGAUUAAGACGGCUGAUAAGAUAGAAGACAAACUGCUUAGUGGUACAACCAGGUUUCCAAGAUUAGACAUAUCAUUUGUCGUCAGCACAACCGCUGUUGAUAGCGGUGAUAAUUUUAAACUCAUCAAGUCUACUAUGGAAUCAAUCAUCGAACAAUAUGGCGUCAAAAAACAUCUUUACAGCAUGGUGGUCUUUGGACAAAACGCCAACAUAAUACUACCGUUUCAAAAGACCACUAAAGACUUACUGCUGUCUGUAAUUAAAGGCGCCCAGUUGGCUUCUGGUUCGCCAGAUCUGGUGAACGCUCUGGAGACUACAAAGCAGCUCUUUUUCCAACUAAGCGGAGGUGCACGACCAGAUUCCCGGAAGAUAAUCGUGGUGAUGAUUGACAAGAAGUCUGUCAACAGCGGAAGCGCGAUCGAGAAGAUCGUACGUGAAUAUGAAGACGGCAAAGUCAGGUUUGUUACUGUAGUUAUUGGAAAUGAGGCCGACCCAGAUGAGCUUAUUCCGCUGACUCCAGACAAAGACAAGAAGGAUAUCGUGCCGACCGACAAAGAUGAUGAUCCACGUACGGUUAGAGAGAAAAUUAUGGCCGCGAUAGCUAAAACUUUAUCUGACCCAUGCUUGGUUAAAACAUGUGAUUUCAAUGGGAAGUGUGUGAAGUAUCCCAAUGGAACAGCAGAAUGCAUAUGCCGUGAUUACUGCCCACAGAGCUACAAUCCCGUAUGUGCCAGUGAUAAACAGACUUAUCCAAACAACUGUAGUAUGAUGGUCGAAUCGUGCAGAAUGAAGACAAGACUCACUGUUGUUAAGACUGGAGUAUGUGAAGCUUGCAACAACUCCGUUGAUCUGCUGUUUGUCAUGGAUGGAGGCAGUCUACCAAUCAAGAAGAACUUCAUCAAAGCUGUGAUCGAUACAUUCUACAUCGGCAUAAAUGACACCCGGGUGGGACUGCUGUUAACAGGAGGAAUAGGUGUGGUCGUGCGCCCUUUCAGCGUUUCCCAAUCUGUGGACGCGAUCAAAACCUAUAUUGACGGUCUCAAAGAUGUAGGAUCGUCUCCUGGAAUUACAUCUGGGCUGACGAGAGCCUUGGAAAUCAUCAAAGACCUAAGACCAGAUGUGAAACAGGCUGUGGUUGUGAUUAUGGAUCAAUCAGAAAAUGACAUCCCUUUGCUCCAUGAUGCAUCCGGAGCAUUAAAGGCCCGUGACGCUGCAUUGUUUGUCGUGGGGGUGGGGAGCGGCAUGGAUGACCCCAGUAUCAAGAAAGUCGCCUCUAAGAACGACUACGCAUUCCAUUCGACCUCCUUCAGUGAGCUCAUGUCUGUGGCACCCUUGCUUUCUGAUCAGAUUUGCCCCUUGAAAGUAUUGGUCUCAUACCCAAUCGACAUUGCUUUCGCUAUCUCUGCCACCAGUGCUAAAGCCAACGAGCUCUACGACUACAUGCUGGACGCCAUUAAGCUGAUCAUCGAUGAAUAUGGCAUGUACCAUGUCCAUUAUGCAUUCAUGGUGUUUGGUAACGAACCCGACGUGCGACUAAAGUUUGGUGCUAACGUGAAAAGCCCAGACCAGCUCAAGGGUCUUCUGGAUAAUAUUCCGAGAAUUGGCGGCCGGCCGAACCUGGAAAAAGCACUUGAAAAGGCUACUGAGAUUUUCCAGCCAGGUUAUAAGGGCGAGAGACCUGCUGUGCGAAAGUUUGUUGUGGUGAUUGUGGAUAGAAACACUGUAGGAGACAAGAAUGUUGUGUUACGUUAUGCAAAGAGCUUGGAGAAUUCCGGAAUAAAGGUGAUUCCAGUUGCUAUUGGACAGCAGGUGGGUCCAGACGGAAUACAAAUUCCUCCUAAUGAAGGAAACGUCAUCACGGACCCAGAACCAGAAAUUGGCAAACCAGACAUACUGGUUAUAGCUGUAAUGAAGGCCGUUUUGAAAAAUCCUUGCAAGGAAGUUAAAUGUGGCUACAACGCCAAAUGUCGCUCCUUACCAAAUGACACCGCUCUAUGCGAGUGCGAAGACGAUUGUUCAACAGAACCUGUUAAAGCAGUUUGUGGAAGUGACAUGGUGACUUAUCCAAAUGAAUGUGCGCUUAAAGCAAAGGCCUGCGUGGAGAAACAAAUGACCACCGUGAAAUCAAAAGGAAUUUGCCAGAAAGCCAUCGAUUUAGCCUUUGUAAUCGGCACCUCUGGACCAAAAGCUCCGUCCAACUUUGCGAGAAUGGUAACAAUCUUAAAGAACAUUGUCGAUGAGUAUGACGUUUCUGCGAGCAUGACGCAUCUCGCCCUCGUGGACUACAACGGUCUCCCUGCCAAUGCCAGGGUUUUCUUCAGUGACAGCUACACCAAGGAGAAUUUCAAAAUUGUGGCUGAGAACAUUCCUGGUCCAGGCUCUAGGCCAGGUACACUGAGUGACGCUCUGAAAAAGGUUCGCGAUUCAGUCUUUACUCUCCAGCGUGGCGAGCGACCGUUUGCGGAGGAUAUUCUCGUUGUUAUGACCGAGGGUGACUUUGAUGAAAACUCUAAAGCCAUCAUGGACGAGGUUGCCAAGUUACGGGAGAAGCCAGUCAAGAUCAUUGUCAUUGCCAUCACGGACAAACCCGAUGGGGACAAGUUUAAAGUUAUUGCAUCAGGAGAUAACCUCGUGGUGAUACCCAAGCCUGGUGGGGACAAAGAAGAGGCGAAAAAAGUACCAUUUAUCGCUGCCAAAGUGUUUCACAGUUGCGUAGAAGUGAAGACAUCCGGGUACUCAUCUGAUGGCCACUACCUUGUUCAGGCAAGUGACAGAUGUAAAGACCCAAUCAGAAUUUACUGUCACAUGAUGGCCUCCAACUCGCCGCGGGAGUUUAUAACUUUGGAGUCUGGAGCUGAGAACAACUACGCUAUUAUCUACCACCAACGGCUACAGGACAGGUUCAGCUGCAGUGGGCCUGCGCGAACACAGUUGUACGCUGAACGAGGAACAACAAAUUUCACUAAAGUGCGCCUUGACAUCGCAACCAUGAGGAUUAUCAGCAAUGACUUCACCUUUGCCCAGACGGAGGAAGGAAAGAACAUUGCAUAUGGCACUGCUGGGGAUUGUUAUUCGGUGAACACGGGCAAAUGCCGCAAGGGUGGCUUCAAGGUGGAUUUGAGCGGGACGAGACUUCGGGUUCGGGAUGAUGUGACGUGGACACUGCAAGGUUUCCCGAGUGGUUUACAGCUACAGGAUUACAUGAAGUCACAUGAUGGUGCCGUGGUGUCUGCCAAGUGUGGUGGGUGGUGUGGUAGAUGUAAACCGACCAGAGGAGCCAUUUUAGUGGAGCCCUUGUGUUCUAUUCCUGCAGCUUGUCCAUUUCCCAUGGAUGUGGUCUUCGCUUUAGACUCUUCUGCCGAGUUAUCAACCUCGGAAUACAACCAGCAGAAGAAUUUUGUUCUGACGAUGAUCAACGCUUUCACGAUUUCCGACAUCAAAACUCACGUUGGUGUUAUCACGGUUGGAGAGACCGCGCGGAAAGAUAUUGCGCUCAGAGAACACACUCGGCCCGGAGUACUGAAGGCUAGAGUGGCUGGGCUGCCUGCUAAGAGAGACUUCCCUUCAGAUCCGACCAGUAGGCUAAGUGACAUGCUACGAAGGGCAUCAGAGGUAUUCAGGAAUGGAGGAAGAACCGGGGUUCCAAAAUCUCUGAUUGCAAUAGUUGUCGGCAAAAUCACAGAGGAUCUGAAGUCUGCCGCCGCCGCCCUGAAGAACACAGGUGUUCAAAUAUUCGUUGUCGCUGUUACUGUUAAGACGCCCUCUUCUCGGCAUCUCAGUCUUGCCAGUGGAAGCAAUUUUAUGCACACUGUGAGCAGCCUGGAUGAGCUUGGUUAUCUGAGUGCAAGGCUGACCAAAGACACUUGUGAAGACCCUUGCGCGAAGAAGGUUUGUAAACACUAUGCGCGCUGCAAAGCAACUGAUUUCACCUCCACGGAGUGCGUGUGUCCAAAGAUGAGUGACUGUCCACCCACUAGAGAUCAAGUGUGUGGCAGUGAUAAGGUUACCUAUUAUAAUGACUGUGCAUUACGAGUUGAGGCUUGCAAAAAAGGAGAGGAUAUCACUGUUGACAACUUGGGGCCAUGUGGUCUUUGUGCUGGUGUUAUAUGUAGGGAACAUGAACGAUGCGAAGUGAAGGAUGGAAAUGCACAGUGUUCAUGUAAGGACGUCAGGGAGUGUCCCCAGACUGCGGCUCCCGUGUGUGGACAGAACAACGAGACUUACAUCAAUCAGUGUUAUCUGGACGUGGAUAAUUGCUUAAUGAAUGAAACCGUCGAUGCACAGAGACCUGGAAAGUGUGAGCCUUGUGCUGGUGUGCAAUGUAAAGAACCCAAGAAAUGCACGGUGGACUCUCAAGGGAACGCUCAGUGCGAGUGCCCGGAUGAAAGGGACUGCCCUAUGACUGUUAACACUGUAUGCGGCAGUGAUGGCAAAACAUAUCUCAACGAGUGUGUGAUGAAAGCAAAGGCUUGUCUGAAAGAAAUGUCAGUUUACGUCUUGAUAGAUGGCUAUUGUGGCCCAUGUGACCUCGCUAAGGACUGCAAAAACAAUGCGGCCUGCACUGGAAAUGCUGACGGCUCGGUCACGUGUAAGUGCCGGACAGAAGAUGAGUGUCCUAAAGAUGGUGAUGGAGUGUGUGGCUCAGACGGACAGACAUACAUCAACAAGUGUCUCUUAGAUGUGGCGGCUUGUGCAAAUAACAAAGAGGUAGACGUGCGUCAUACAGGACCUUGCGGAUCCUGUAGACUUAAUAGUUGCCGUUCAAAUGAAGUAUGCAUGGGUCAAAAGGACGGUACAUUUUCCUGUAAGUGCAUCGAGAAGAAGGACUGUGCCAAGGAGAAGGACCGUGUGUGCGGCACCGAUGGAAACACCUACCUGAAUGAGUGCAUUCUAAAGGCAGAGUCGUGUGAGAGCAACACAACAGUUGGAGUGAAGCAUGCUGGUCCUUGUGUGGUUUGUAAAGACACCCGCUGUUCUCAAGGCAAGCGGUGUGUGACAAGUAAACUGAAUACACCCACUUGCAAGUGUCCGACAGAAGAUGACUGUCCAAGAGAUUAUGAUCCAGUGUGUGGCAGCGAUGGGCGAAAUUACAUAACCUCGUGCAGAAUGAGAGUUGAAGCCUGCAGCACAGAAGUGUCGCUUGUAGUGAUCAAGAAGGGAGUGUGUGAUCCUUGCCAAGCUGCCAACUGUAAACACCAUUCCGUGUGCAAACUGAUACCUGACGGCUCCACGGCCUGUGAGUGUCCUCGGGCGGAGGAAUGCCCGGAUAUCAAUGAUCCCGUAUGUGGUACGAAUGGCAAGACUUACGAGAGCGAAUGCAAGCUGAAGGCGGAAAGCUGCGCGGAGGGAACCGAUGUUACAACGAAACACAAUGGAGUAUGCGGUCCCUGCUCUUUGUCGGAUUGCGAAGACUAUUACGGUAUAUGUACCGUAGCAGAUGAUGGAUCUGGUACUGCACAGUGCACGUGCCCAACCGCUGACCAGUGUUCAAAUGCCGCCAGAGCGGUUUGUGGAGACAAUGCUAAGACCUAUCGAAACAAGUGCUUCUUGGAAGCCGAGUCUUGUGCCCUGAAAUACAAAAUUGAAGUCAAGCGAAAAGGACAGUGUACUCCGUGCUCCAAAUCAGUCUGCCCUUCAGACCAAGACUGUAAGGUGGAUUCUCAAGGUAAAGCUGUCUGUAGUUGUCCUGAUUUCUGUCCCAGUUUGGGCGAGCCCGUGUGCGGCAGUGAUGGCAAAACGUACGAAAAUAGAUGCAAAGCAAGGAAGGAAUCAUGUGAGAAGAACAAACGGCUCUUUAUUAAACCUGGCAGCUGUGGGUUAGUGGUCACUCCAUGUUCGCUGAAGAGUUGUAUCAACCACGCCUUGUGUGCCAGUAAAUCGGGUUCAGUGGAAUGCCGCUGUCCAGAUGUGCGCGACUGUUCCGCUGGGAAGGUCCCCGUGUGCGGCAGCGAUGGAACUACUCAUAAAGUGUACAACAACAUGUGCUUUAUGAAGGUCGACUCCUGCAGGAAGGGCAAGAGAAUCAGCCCAGUCGUUACUGAAAAAUGCGCUCCUUGUGAUACAGCCAACUGCGACAGCCAGGCAACAUGUGAAGUGAAGGACAACAAAGCAAAGUGUGUGUGUCCGUCCGAGGCUGACUGUCCUUGGAAAGUAGACUUGAUCUGCGGUUCUGAUGGUCAGAGCUACUUGAACGAGUGUGUCAUGAAGGCCAAGUCUUGUAAAGCAGGAAAGAAAGUCUCACGCAAAAGGAGGGGUUAUUGUGUUAUCUGUGAUUUGGUGAAGUGCUUAGCUCCAAACUCUCAAUGUUUCGUCAAAGCCAACGGUCAUCACGAGUGUCGCUGUCCUCGAGAGGAUGAAUGUCCGUUGUCUGGCGAGAAGGUGUGCGGAAGCGACGGUAAAACGUACGACAAUGAAUGCAAACUAAAGGCACAGGCGUGCAAAGGGUCCGGCGGACUUGUGGUCACUAAACAAGACAGAUGUGAUACUUGCAACGGAAUGAAAUGCCCCGCGAAUCAAGUCUGUAAACUGGUGAAAGGCAAGGCAACUUGUCAGUGCCCGAAUGUCCGUGACUGCAGUUACUCUCCGGCGCCGGUCUGCGGUUCAGAUGGCAAUGCGUAUCCUAAUGAAUGUUAUCUCCUUGUCAAGUCUUGCCUCGCUGCUUUGGAGAAUAAAUCAUUGAACCUGUCACACAAAGGCAAAUGUGCAGGCGGAUGCAACAUCAUAAAGUGUCCAAAGUAUGCGGUGUGUCAUAACGCCCCUGAUGGAACACCCACAUGUGUGUGUCCGAAGAAAGACGACUGUGUGCCCGUGGUUAAACCAGUGUGUGGCACUGAUGGCAAAACUUACAUCAACGAGUGUCUUAUGAAGGUUAUCGCUUGUGAAAAGAGAGAAAACACGGACAAGAGAAAAGACGGAGUUUGUGAGCCGUGUAGAUUCGUUGUAUGCGCAAAUCAAACCAAAUGUGAAGUUCAACCUGACGGUGGCACCCGCUGCGUCUGCCAGUCAAGAGCUGAAUGCCCAGAUACAGAGGAACCCGUAUGUGGAAGUGACGGCAUCACGUAUGACAAUGAGUGCUAUUUUAAGGCUGCUGCCUGCGGACGUAAGAUGGAAAUGAAACAAGGGAAAUGCGAUCCAUGCUCAUUCCAUGUUUGCAAGUCGUACCAGGAUUGUGUUGUUGUUGACAACAAAGCCAAGUGCCAGUGCCCGAGAUGUGCUUCUCCGGACGAGCGUGUGUGUGCUGAUAACGGAAGGUCUUACCCCAGCAAGUGUUAUAUGAGAGCCAAAGCAUGCAAGAUCAAACGAGAACUCAAUGUGGUUAAGAAAGGAGAAUGCGAUGCUUGCGCUUUUAAGCGCUGUGGUGUAUACCAGCGUUGCGUUAUUGAUAGUAACAAACAAGCAAGGUGUGUAUGUCCAUCUCCGCUCCAGUGCCUGCGCGAACAGGCAGCCUUGCCCGUGUGUGGUAGUGACGGUAAGACGUACUCCAGUGAGUGUGCGUUGAGGGCAGAGAACUGUGGGAAACACCCGAAGGCUCUGCUUCAGUUUAUUGGGGAGUGCGGCCUAGUUGUGUUGCCUUGCUCCAGUAUUUCAUGUCGGUAUGGCGCGAGGUGUCGCUUCACAAGAGGUUACCCAGAGUGCACCUGUCCCGUGGAAAGUGAAUGUCCUGUUGAUGUGAAACCCGUGUGUGGUAGUGACGGGAGGAACUAUCCCAACGAAUGUGUGAUGACUGCUAGAGCUUGUCUGAUGAGAAAAGAUGUUUCAGCCGCAUAUGACGGAAUAUGUGUUGUAUGUCGUUUGGCAAAUUGUGAGAGGUUCUUUGCCAGAUGCGAGAUAACCCAGACAGGACUAGCUCAAUGUGUGUGCCCUGAGGUAGAAGAUUGCCCCGUGGAAGAUGAUGAAGUUUGCGCCAGUGACAAAAAGACGUACGCCACAGAAUGCCACAUGAGAGUAGCGGCCUGUGCGUCCAAGACCCCGCUACGUGUCGAGAAAAAAGGACCCUGUGCAACAUGCGCGGACAUCGAGUGUGCCAACUACGCAAAGUGUGUCACUGUUAACAGGCAACCCACAUGUCAAUGCCCCAAGGAAAGCGAUUGUACCACUAAAACGCUAGCUUCCGUCUGUGGGUCGGAUGGCGAGGUAUACGACAAUGAGUGUUACAUGCAGGUAACCUCGUGUGAAGCGGGACAGUUGAUCACCAAGAAGAAUGACGGAAUCUGUGCUCGAGACGUGUCUAUCGGCUUCAAAGGUGAUUCCUACAUGCAGUACAAACCUUUGUCACAAGUGAAGAACACAGCGGAUAUUCAAAUGGCCUUCCGACCUAUCAGUCGAUCUGGCGUUAUCCUAAGUAACAAAGCCUCGGGGAGGAAUCGCAACAAUGAUUUCAUCUUUAUCAUCUUGAAACGCGGAAGAGUCAUUUUCAGCUAUGAUCUGGGUAAAGGUCCAGCAAGUAUUAUAAGCGACCUACAGGUUGAGAUGAAUCAGUGGAAUCAGCUCCAGGUGCACAGAGAAGGCAUUAACGGCUACCUUGUGCUGAACGGGCAGCGCGUGACUGGCUCGUCCGCAUCGGGCGCAUCGCAGUUGAAUUUAGAUACUGACAUGUACCUUGGAGGAGGAGUCCAAGGCGUUUCUGAAAAGUAUGCAAACUUGCUGGGUACCAGAGCUGGUUUUUUCGGAUCCAUCAAGAAUCUAAUCAUCAACGGCGUAUACUAUGACCUUGGGUAUCCUGGCCAAGCCGUUGCGGAGUGGAAAGUAGUUCAGAACAGCAAUUUCGAUCCUUGUAUGAUGACUCCGUGUUUACAUGGCGGGACAUGCUCUGUGGAUGGCGACAGGAUCCAAUGUGACUGCCCGAAUGGAUUCCUGGGUGAUCGCUGUGAAAUAAGAGCCAAUGUGCCUUAUUUCCAAGGCGGGGCAAUUGGUGGUUCGUACAUGGAGUUAUCUCUGGAGCUGAUGAUUGCACAGAAAGAUGAAUUCGCUGCUAUUUUUGACAUACGUCCAGAACAAGCGUCUGGCCUCAUAAUGUACGCAGAAUCUGCCAAGGAUGAUGAUUUUAUCUCGUUAGCCAUGAUUGGAGGAUAUGUGGAAUUUAGAUUCAAUCUUGGACAAGGCGUCACAAAAAUAUCUACAGAUUUCACUUUGCAACUUGAACAAUGGCAUCACGUCGAGAUCAUCCGUGAAGGAUUACGAGGGACACUGAUUGUGGACUUCAAGAACAGCUUCACGGCUGUGGCUUCGGGAAAGUGGGUAAAUCUGGAUUUAGGACAAAGCAAGGUGUACCUGGGUGGAGCGACAAAUAUUCUUGAAGACAGAAUCUUUCAGAGGACUAGAACGAGAAACAGCUUCAAAGGGUGCAUCCGGGAUGUCGAAUCCGAAUACGAAGACUUACGAGAGAGACCGCUGGACCUGACGUUCUCAGAGAAGGAGGAUGUCACAAGAGUGUUCAAAAAUGUGAAAAAAUGUGGCUGCAAGGACUUGAAAUGUCAAAAUGGCGGUCAGUGCGUGUCGAGGCUGAAUGAUUUCCGCUGUGAAUGUAAACUGGGUUUCACAGGACCACAGUGUGAGACUGAAAGUUGUGGCAACGAUACUGUGGUUGACCUGGGAUUUGCGCUGGAUGGCUCCAAUUCAAUAGACGCUAAUGAGUACCGCCUGACAAAGGACUUUGUCAAGGACAUCAUCAGGAUGUUUUAUGUCUCGCAGUCUGGGACCCAUGUGGGUCUGCUCGAGUACGCUGCAAGGGCGAACAUUAGAGUUGGAUUUAAUGAUUUUUAUGAUACAGACGAACUUCUUGAGUACGUGGAAGACUUAAAACAGUCCAGUGGUGCAGCUACUAAUAUCGGAAUAGGUCUGAAGAAGACACUCUCGUUGUUUUCCAAAAGAUAUGAAAUGAGAGAUGAGGUGCCAAAAGUGUUCGUUUUCUUCACGGAUGGGACAAACACGGACGGCGACGAUUUGACUAUUUACACGCGGCAACUGGAGAAGAGAGGAAUCAAGACGCUAGCCAUUGGAGUAGGAAGUGAUACAGAUAAAGAUGAACUGACCACUAUCGCCUCUGGCUCCGCAGACAAUGUGUUCAGAAUAGAGGAGUUUGAGGAAUUGAAACUUGUUAUACAGGAAUUGAUUACAUCGCUGUGUCCAAGGUGACUUGCCGGAGCGUCACACGAUACAAGAUGAAACCGAAACCUAGCAGAAUAGUCUCCAAGAAGCAUGUGGAAAACCAUUUAUCGCCUUAACACGCUUAAUUACAAUUAUAUAAAGUAACAGAAGUAAGCUCUUUAAAGACUUUUGUUCUUGAAAUUUUGAACCUAGCUCUUGGUGGCUAACAAUCAAUCGAUCGUUAAACGUGCAUGACUAAGUAAUCGUUUGGCGAAGAGCAAACGUUAAAAUGGUCUAGCCUUUUGUAAUCAAAGUAAUAACAGCAAGAAAUAAAUGAACAUUAAAUAGGAAACAGAAGCUAUAGUGUAUACAUCAAGUGUUUGGUUUUUUACUGCUUUAAUUUUGAACUCUUUUGUAAGCCUUGAAGAUUUGACAUAAUAAAAAAAGUGCUAACCCAUGAUA